AUGUUCAUAAAUAUUUUAUUUGUGACUUUACUGUUAAAGGUUAUAACAGCGCAAUACCAACUUCAGCCUUAUUCACCUAAAUCGCCCAUUGAAUUAGCAACAUCUUCAAUUGUAGAUACAUUAACAGGACGGGUAUCACCAAGAAUUCCAAGCCCCAGCACACCAUUAGAAGAGAUUAUUCUCUGUAGAAACUUAGCUGCACAAAUAGAAAGUGCUGCUUUAGCUAAAUUAAAACGAAACGCUUUAAAAAGACCUAUAUUUGGACAAGUGGCAGGACCAUUAUUAGACAAAAUAGCGAUAAUUUGUCGUUGUCCAGUGUGUCAAAGUACUAAUAGUUAUUCAACUUCAAAUUCUGGUAUUAUAUCAAAUCCACCACCGUCAGCGUUCAAUGCUCCAAAUAUAGUAUUACUUAGCUCUCCGGGCUCUGCACCUAGUCCUAAAAUGAAUCAAAUACAAUCUUCAUAUUAUUAA